AUGGCUUUUUUCGCCAAUAUACGGCGCUUCCACCGCAACAAUGUCACGACGCUGCGCCGAUCUCCGCUUUCUGAGAUCUCGGGCGCCCUCGGCGAUCUCGGCACUCUGCUCCCUCUCAUGAUCACACUGGCAGUGAACGGGUCCAUCUCACUCUCGACGACUUUGGUGUUCUCGGGGGUCUAUAAUCUCGUUACUGGGAUAGUUUUUGGAAUACCCCUGCCGGUGCAGCCUAUGAAGGCUAUCGCUGCAGCUGCAAUAGCGUCACAUACCUCGUUGCGGGAAACUGUGGCCGCGGGCAGCGUGACAUCUGUCAUCGUCUUGCUCCUCAGCGCCACGGGGCUCUUGCACUGGGUGACCCGCGUCAUUCCUGUGCCGGUAAUAAAAGGUAUUCAGUUCGGAGCCGGCCUCUCUCUCGUUAUCUCGGCGGGUACUUCGCUCCUGAAGCCGCUGCCCUGGUUUCUGCCAUGGCCUCUCGAUAACAGAGUUUGGACCCUACUCGCAUUCUUGGUCCUGAUUGCGACCCAGAAGCUGCAGCGCUUUCCUUAUGCUCUGAUCAUCUUUAUCGUGGGCUUGAUUCUGGCUUUCGUGAUUUUGGCAACAGACCACCUGGGAUACGGUCAUCAUUAUCAGCUGCCAUGGUUCCGCCUCUGGCACCCAUCCACGCUGAUUCCAGACUGGAGUGCGGACGCGAUCGGCAUGGGCAUUGCUCAACUGCCUCUCACGACCCUGAACUCCGUUAUCGCCGCCAGCGCACUAGCAUCUGACCUUCUGCCCGACCUGCCGGCACCGACCGUGACGGAGCUCGGGACCAGCGUCGCGCUCAUGAACCUCCUAGGCUGCUGGUUUGGCGCCAUGCCCGUGUGCCACGGGGCCGGCGGCCUGGCAGCGCAGUACCGCUUCGGCGCGCGCAGCGGGGCCAGCAUCAUUCUGCUCGGCGUGUUCAAGAUCGUCCUCGGCCUCGUGCUCGGCGAGUCGCUACUGGGUCUGCUGAUCGCCUUCCCGAACUCGCUGCUGGGGAUCAUGGUCGUCGCCGCGGGCCUGGAGCUGGCCAAGGUUGGGCAGAGCCUCAACCACGGCGCGACCGAUCUCUGGGAGAGUAGUGUCGAGCCCAGCAGCCGAGUGCACCGCAGGGUCUCGGAUGAAGAGCGCCUCGAGAGGUGGACCGUCAUGUUGGUGACGACCGCGGGCAUCCUCGCAUUCAAGAACGAUGCUGUCGGGUUCUUGGCGGGCAUGGCUUGUCAUUGGGCGUACAGACUUGCGGAGUGGAGUGAGAAGAGGAGAGAGACUGGUGAGCGGGCGCCAUUGUUGAAUAUCUAA